UUGCCUUUUAUGGCUCGAGCGGCCGCGGCUGCGCCCUAUAAAACCCGGCGGCGAGACGCGCAGCCACCGUCGAGACCGCGUUCAGUCCGCGAGCACAGGCCUCUCGCCUUCGCCGUUCCACCGCCACCGCCGGUUACACCACCACCCGCUCGCCAUGGAUGACGAUAUCGCUGCCCUCGUGGUCGACAAUGGCUCCGGCAUGUGCAAGGCUGGUUUCGCGGGCGACGACGCUCCCCGGGCCGUCUUCCCUUCCAUCGUGGGGCGCCCCCGGCACCAGGGCGUAAUGGUGGGCAUGGGCCAGAAGGACUCUUAUGUGGGCGAUGAGGCCCAGAGCAAGAGGGGCAUCCUGACUCUCAAGUACCCCAUUGAGCAUGGCAUUGUCACCAACUGGGACGACAUGGAGAAGAUCUGGCACCACACUUUCUACAAUGAGUUGCGUGUGGCCCCCGAGGAACACCCCGUGCUGCUGACCGAGGCCCCUCUGAACCCUAAGGCCAACCGUGAGAAGAUGACCCAGAUCAUGUUCGAGACCUUCAACACCCCAGCCAUGUACGUUGCCAUCCAGGCUGUGCUGUCCUUGUACGCCUCUGGCCGCACCACUGGCAUUGUGAUGGACUCCGGGGACGGGGUCACCCACACUGUGCCCAUCUACGAAGGUUAUGCCCUGCCCCACGCCAUCCUGCGUCUGGACCUGGCUGGCCGGGACCUGACUGACUACCUCAUGAAGAUCCUCACGGAGCGCGGCUAUAGCUUCACCACCACAGCUGAGCGGGAGAUUGUGAGGGACAUCAAGGAGAAGCUGUGCUACGUUGCCCUGGACUUCGAGCAGGAGAUGGCCACCGCUGCAUCAUCGUCCUCCCUGGAGAAGAGCUACGAGCUGCCCGAUGGGCAGGUCAUCACCAUUGGCAAUGAGCGGUUCCGCUGCCCGGAGGCACUCUUCCAGCCCUCCUUCCUGGGCAUGGAGUCCUGUGGCAUCCAUGAAACUACCUUCAACUCCAUUAUGAAGUGUGACGUUGACAUCCGUAAGGACCUCUACGCCAACACAGUGUUGUCCGGUGGGACCACCAUGUACCCAGGCAUUGCUGACAGGAUGCAGAAGGAGAUCACCGCCCUGGCUCCCAGUACGAUGAAGAUCAAGAUCAUUGCUCCCCCUGAGCGCAAGUACUCUGUGUGGAUCGGCGGCUCCAUCCUGGCCUCGCUGUCCACCUUCCAGCAGAUGUGGAUCAGCAAGCAGGAGUAUGACGAGUCCGGCCCCUCCAUCGUCCACCGCAAAUGCUUCUAGGCGGACUGUUGCGUUACACCCUUUUUUGAGAAACCUAAUUUGCGCAGAAAACGAGAUUGGCAUGGCUUUAUUUUUUUUUGGUUUUUUGGUUUUUCCUUUUUUUUUUUUUUUGGCGCUUGACUCAGGAUUUAAAAACUGGAACGGUGAAGGUGACAACAGUCUGUUGGAGCGAGUAUCCCCAAAGUUCUACAUCGUGGCCGAGGACUUUGAUUGUACAUUGUUUUUUUUUAAGUCAUUCCAAAUAUCGUGAGAUGCAUUGUUACAGGAAGCCCCCUUGCCUUCCCAAAAGCCGCCCCACUUCUGAAGAAGGGCCCAAUCCUUGCCCGAGUUCACCCAGGGGGAGGGUUGGUAGCAUUGCUUCUGUGUAAAUUAAUCCAAAAUUUUUUAAAUCUUCGCCUUAAUACUUGUUUUAUUUUGAAUGGUCAGCCAUCAUGACCACCCCAAUUUUUGGUCCCCCAGUUUAAGAUGUAUGAAGGCUUUUGGUCUCCCUUGGAGUGGGUGGAGGUGCAGAGGCAACCCAGGGCUUACCUGUACACUGACUUGAGACCAGUUUAAUAAAGUGCACACCUUAAAGAAGCAA